ACUGCACUCUCUCCCUACCAUCAGGGGGCCUGCCCUAGCCCUGCUCAGCCAUCUCUACACUCUGACAGAAUGAAUGCCCUGGAUGGUGUCCCCUUCAAGGUGUCCAAGGGCUUUGUGAUAGACACAGAGGCCCUCUCUGGGCCAGAGCUCAGUGUCCCGGCUUACAGGGAGCUUCUACUGGGUUCCAUGCACGACUUCAGCCUGGAGAGGAAGGCACUCUUCUGGGUGGAAGCCGCGGUCCGGGGGCCCUGCCCGUUCCAAUGCGGUGGCCUGGGGACAGCGUCAGCCCCACCGGCCUGGCUCUUGCUGGUCAGCUCCGAAGGCAGGCCACUGCCCGCGCCCGCCGCAGCCCAAGGCCCAGAGGUCGGACCCCAGGAACAGUCGGAGGAGGAGGAGGAUGAGGAAGAAGCUUCCUCCACCAGCAAGGACAGCAAGGAGGAGCUGGGCCCCUGCAGCCCCCAGCCCGGCUCCCCGGCGAGCCCCGGGCCGGGCCAGCGCCUAUGCUCGCUGGGCGUGCUGCGCGGUGUGAGGUCGGAGCUGGCAGGGUCCCUCAGCCCGUACACCUGCCUGCCACCCCCUGGGGGGUUGCCCCAGCCUCUCGACCCCCACCAAUUGCACCCCGAUUCUGCGGCUGACCUGCUGUCCGCCCUGAGCCAGGAAGAGCAAGACCUCAUCGGGCCUGUGGUUGCUCUUGGGUAUCCCCUGCAUCGGGCCAUCGUGGCUCUGCAGAAGACGGGGAGGCAGAGCCUGAGCCAGUUCCUCAGCUACCUCAGCGCCUGUGACCGGCUGCUGCGGCAGGGCUACGAGGAGGAGCUGGUGGAGGAGGCCAUGGAGAUGUUCCAGUUCUCUGAAAGCCAGGCAGGGGAGUUCCUGAGGCUCUGGGAGCAGUUCAGCGACAUGGGCUUCCGGCAGGACCGGAUUGAAGAGACCCUGGUGGUUGCUGGCAGGGUCCUGGUGUUAAUCGGCACAAGGCCCCCAAGUGCCCAUGAGAAGGCCGUGUCGCAGCAGGUGACCAAGGGGACGGCCUAG